AUGUAUUCCCAAUAUAAGCAGUUCUUGAAGGAGGCAGUGAAGAAACCUGAUACACCGAUGAAGCGGCCAUUAUCACAGCUCGCUGGAGGCCGUGUUGCGAAGCGACCCAAUCUCAAAGGCGGUUUUGUGAUGAGCAGUGAGAGCGAUGAAAGCAGCGACGAUGACGACGACGACGACGACGAUAGCGAUGACAGCGAUGAUUCAAAAUUUGAAUUCAAAGUUCAGUCAAAGCCACCCGGCCAUCAUAUUCCCAAGCCACUCAAGACGCCAACUGCGAUGCAAAGUUCACUACGGGCAGGGCCGGCGACUGCAACCGUCCCGACCAACGAAACCUAUAAAUCCCGUCUCAAUGCGCUUCUAGGCAGAGAUGGGAAGGUGAAAACUGCCGAACGGCAGACUUUUCCGUCAGUCCCGACCCAGGAAACCUCAUCUUCAAUUACUGUUGAUAGACGAUCAAACAUUGCAUCACGGAAUAUGGACCCUAUUUUUAAAUCUCACCAUGCUGCAAAAGAUUCAUUCACACCAUAUGACCGCCAUGUACAACAGCAAAGGCCUGUGUUAGCGCCCAACACGGCACUUGGGGCUGAUAUCGGUAUAAAAGGCAAGAAAAAGAAGAACCGGGGUAUUUUCCCGUCUGAAGACGUUGCGCAGAUCACCGCGAACGGCUCCGCAUACGCCAAUUCAGAUCAGUCUUUCAUUUCUCGGAAUCCUUCCAAGAUGAAGCAUAUGCCAAAUCAACAGCAGUUCCCUCGAAGUUUGCCAACUGAAACCAACCAAGUAUUCAAAAAGUCAACUCUAUCCAAGACCAAAAGUUCCCUCACUCCAAAAUUGAAAAGCUCAACAUUUGAACCCCGUGUUCCGAGCAGGUCAGAGCCGAACAAAGUGCAACUGCAGUAUCAGGAUGAAAGAUACGAUUCAAAAGCCGUUCAUCAUUUCUCAGGUGCCUCGGAUGAAUCUUCAACAUCUUCAGAAUCCUCAGAUGCUUCAGAUUCAGAUACCCCCUCUUUCAAGGAGGUUCGGACAAAGCAAAACCAUCCCUACAUUUCUGGUAGAUUCAACAAGACUGCAUCUUCCGAGAAGACAGCUGUGUCUUCUUCCAUCUCCAGGCCCCCAAAGAGCAAGCAAGUACGGUCGCAAAACUUGAGUUCAGCUCACAAAAUACCCAAAGCAAUUUUUGGUAAUACUGCAUGCACCGUACCUACAGAGGCCAAAAGGACUUUCGAAUCCGUUGCAAAGGCAACUAGUUCCAGGCCAACCGCGAGCUCCAUUACCCCCUCACUUGAAAAAGAGAAGGUCGAGAAAGUGUCCCCUUCUACCGGAAAACGCUACGAUAAUGUGACUCCGACAAAGAACUCUAGCUUCAACUAUGGAUAUGAUUACCCGUUGGUUCCUAUUACCAUCACCGAGAACAGUUCAGAAGGCACUCUUUCUGCGUCUCCAUGCACAAAGAAUGUAACGACUUACGAUCCAGAGGUUGUCAUUAUUGAAGAGCUUUCUAGGAGUGAAACCGGUUUGGGUGCCGAAAGCUCCGAGAAGGGAAAUACGGCUCAAGAGCGCACAAGUGAGGUUAUAUUUUAUUCAAUGAAGGCAAAUGAUAGUGCCGAGCUGUUUGGUGCACUUGAGAAAGCUUCAGGGGUUGAGAACAGCCUGAAGGCUUCUUCAGAGGAGCCCACUACACCGCCUACAAAUCGAUUGACGGCGCCUGUGGUGUGCAUGAUACCGCAAGUUCCGCCACCAGCUGCAAGCGCAGUGACUUUGGAUGCGGCACGGGAUAUCAGCAACCAUAUUCUGGUUCUCGCUCAAACUCCAGAGGUCUCCAAAGACGCAGAGCCCUACUUUGAGUACUCGAUAUUCCAAAAAGAUUGGUCCGACGAGCAAGACGAGAACGAGGCAUCUACGAGCGAAAUCACUGUGCGCCAAUUUACCAACAUCGACGAGGCAAAUGCGCAGGCCGAAAGAUUGUUCCAGAAUAUUCAGAGACAUCCUCACUACAUGACGGUUGAGCGCAGCAGCAAGCGAGAUGAACAUGGCUGCAUGAUCUUCACAAACACCAUAGUACCUUUUCACUGUCCUGCGAAAAAACACCAUACCAUGAUCUAUGUACAGCGCAACAGCGUUUCCAAGCACGCGAACCAGACUGCCCAGUCCUUGAAGGGCACACCGUUCAUUUCCAACACGGGCUACAUUCUCCGCCUGUUCAAGCUCAUCGAAAUGCCCGACGCCGAUAAACCCGAUGAGUGCGAAGCGUCAGACUCCGAGACGAUCAACAGUGAAGAGACUGAACAAGAGCCUAUUCGAGUAUACCAUCCACACGGAUACCCAGAGGUAUAUACGACUCGUGAGGCUGCUAACCAGGCAGCCAGAAGCCUUCAGAUUGAGCUCGGUCACGAAAAGAACCCAACCAAUAGUUCGACUAGGCUGUUCCAGGAAAAGGACCUGGUGGACCUAAAUGACAAGGUUAUUGCGCUUGAGAAAGCUGGAGAUGGCAAAGAGGGAUGCUGGCGGAGCAAGUUCAACGCUAGUGGGCUGGGAGGCGAUAAUCUGGAGUUGGUGGUGGAGAAGGCGGGCAUCUAUGGACCGAGGAACAUUUGA